UUUGAUCGCGUCUAACAGUGAGAAGCGAACUGAGCUUCCAUUCCAUUUCGCGAUACGAUUCACGAAACUGAAAAGUAGAAAAGAACUCCACGAAGAUAUAACGACGAAUUUCGUGCCUUUCCUGCAGUUACGGACCGCCAUCGUGCUUAUUUUAUGUACCAUCGGUGAGGUGAGAACAAACAGCACGCUACUGUGUAACAAUUUGGAGAAACGAGGCCGUCAACGGUAAUCACGGUGUUGCGAGACAUCAGUAAGAAGAAGAGAAAAAUAACCGAAGAAAAUACAGGAAAGAUCAAAUAUCGGGAUUGAAAGCGCGAGGGUGCUGUGGUACUAGUACAAUGAAUACGGAAUUUACAGAAAAUUUAAAUAAGGUGAAUUCCAUCGAGGGAUUUUACGCCGGAACUGGAAUUUUUAUAACCGGGGCAUCUGGUUUCGUGGGGAAAGGCCUUCUGGAGAAACUGAUACGCGUGUGUCCACGCAUCGUCGUUAUUUUUAUUCUGGUUCGUCCAAAAAAACACCAAACGAUGGAACAACGAUAUAAAGAGAUCAUAGAUGACCCCAUUUUCGAUGAUGCUAAAGCAAAGAAUCCCUCAGCAUUAAAAAAAGUUCACCCCGUAGAGGGUGACAUAAGUCUACCAAAAUUAGGUCUUUCGCAAGAAGACAGAAAUAUGUUGAUAGAGAAUGUGAACAUAUUGUUCCACGUUGCAGCCACUUUGAAUUUCAAGGAGCCGUUGAAUGCGGCCGUGAACACAAAUGUGAAAGGUACUUUUAGUAUCAUUGAACUGUGCAAUGAACUGAAGCAUGUAAUUAGCGUUAUCCAUGUUAGCACAGCUUAUAGUAACGCAAAUCUACCAGAUAUUGAGGAAAAAGUGUACAGCACGAGUAUACAACCAUCUAGCGUGAUUGAGAUUUGUGACAGUCUUGACAAAGAGUCGAUUGAGCUAUUAGAAGAAAGAAUUUUAAAAAUUCAUCCAAACACAUACACGUUCACCAAGAAUUUGGCAGAACAGAUUGUAUCCAGCAACAGUAAAAGUUUCCCAGUUGCGAUAGUGCGACCAAGUAUAAUUAGUGCCUCGCUGAAGGAACCGUGUCCUGGUUGGUUGGGCAAUAUCACUAUACAUAUAGCUCUCGGACUAUUUAUCAGCAGAGGUUUCGCUAAAAUAGCGUUGGCUAAGGCAGACACAAUAACGGAUACAGUACCCGCUGAUUAUGUGGUCGACACGAUAUUAUGUGCCGCAUGGCACGUCACGCGGCAUCGUGAUAUGAACAUCAAAGUGUACAACUGUACGAAUAACGCGCGCCCUAUCAAAUACGGUGAGCUGAAGGAUACAUUCGUGAAAUACGCCAUCGAAAUACCGAUGGACGGUUUGUUGUGGUACCCGUGGUGUGCGAUGGUAUCUAACAGAUAUGUUUACAGUAUUCUGACUUUAUUUCUGCAUACUUUGCCUGCUUUCAUCGUGGAUAUCUUUUUAAGGCUUCGAGGUAGUAAACCAAGAAUGAUGAAAAUUAGCAAAUAUUACGAUACGAUGUCGACAGUGACAAAUUACUUUAGCAUACGGCAAUGGUCCUUCAAAAGAGAUAACGUUAUCGAUAUGAUGAAGGAAGUGAAAACGCUAGAAGAUAGCGAUAUCGUUGAAUUGGACUUGCAAGAUAUGGACUGGGACAAGUACAUUGCAAUUUGCGUCAUAGGAAUAAAGAAAUUUAUUUUUAAAGAGGACCCUAAAUCUUUAGAUGCAGCGCGGCGGCGGUUAUCGAUAUUUUACUGGCUACAUCAGAUGACUAAAGCAUUCGCUAUAAUUAUUUUAUUAACGAUAAUACUGCGUGUUAUGUACUGACCUGUUACGUCCGGUGACUGUUUACGUUUGAGGCGACCACCAGCCGUGCACAUAGAAUUAAACAGAUUGCAAUAAUCCUAAGGAACUGUCCAUGGAACGAGGCUUUCUUAUUUACCGCUGAGGCCGUCAAUUGGCAUAAAACGUCUUCGAGUCAAAAGGUUCCUUAUGGUUAUUGCUCCAUCAGGUAAAAAUUGGGAUCCCACCCGCUAGCGACAAGUGGUGGGGCGAUCAUCACCGAGCGAGAAUUUUCCUUUGUGACAACAUCGUCACCGGACUAGGCUGGUUCGACGACUACAGAUCAGUCAACAUCUCUUUACCGGGUUUUCACCCUUCAAUCAUUCGCCUACUUAACUUAUACCGUACGCACCAGCGUAACUAUCCUUUCUACAAGGUUGUUGGAAAUAUAUAAUAUCUUUGA